AUGGCCGCCGUGUUUAAUCCAGGACCGCUAUGUGCUCAACCAACCUUAACGUGUAUCGGCUGCAAGGCAAAAGUCAGUGGAAACAAUCAAGGUAAUUUAGAAGUUUUGGCCACUGCUGAAUGGAUUUGUGAUACAUGUAUUGACUUAAUAGCUAAUCAUUACGAUUUAGAUCAGUCUGUUGAUGACCUUGUCCAAGGUCUCCCAAAAGGUGUCACAUUCGGUCAUCUAAACGUCUUUGGACUCCGAAACAAAUUAGAUCAAAUAAAAAUAUUGUUACGAAAUGGUAAAUUUGACAUAUUUGCAAUCACUGAAAGUAAAUUAGAUGGAAAUAUCCUCGACGCUGAAGUUCAGAUAAAGGGAUAUAAUUUAGUUCGGCGAGACAGAAAUCGGCAUGGAGGGGGUGUACUUGUAUAUGCUAAAGAAAAAUGGACCAUAUCCAACGUACAAAUACGCGACAACAUGGAAAUGCUUUCUUUGGAUAUUAAGCAAUAUAACUCACCGAAAAUCACAAUUGCUGUCGUUUAUAGACCACCGGAUGCAAAAGCUAAAUGGGUUUCUACAUUCGAAAACGUAGUUGACGAAAUAAUGACAGACAGUAGCGAGGUAGUCAUUCUUGGUGAUUUUAACAUCGAUGAACUUAAAAACACCAGUUUCAAAUCUCAGAUGGAAAUAAACGGCUUACACCAAGUUAUUAACACGCCAACGCGAGUCACAUCACAUUCCGAAACCCUCAUCGACCACAUCUAUGUUAGCGAUAAAUUCCUCUACUUAAAUUCUGGAAUUAUUCCUAUCGGCAUUAGUGACCAUCAUUUAGUGUAUACAAUUAGAAACAAAACAAUUAAAGAAAAUAAACAACAUGUUUACAUCAAAUAUAGAGAUAUGAAACAUGCAGACGAAUAUGCAUUCCUAUCCGACCUUGCUUCCACGGACUGGAACAUAAUUAGAAACCUGGAAAAUGUAAAUGAUAUGUGGGCCUUAUUUAAAGACACUUUCUUUAAAGUCAUUGAUAAACAUUUUCCAAUGAGGGAAAGGCGCAUCAGGGCGGAUUCUGAGAAGUGGAUUAAUGACAACAUAUUGUCAGAAAUGCGACAACGUGACUUUCUACAUCGGAGAGCACUUAAAUCUAAAUCCGAUGCCGAUUGGAAAGCUUACAAAGCGGCACGAAACCGAGUUGGGAUCCAGGUCAACGAAGCGAAACGCGAAUUUGUAAACGAGGUAAUCGAGCAGGCACACGCUAAGCCCAAGAAUAUGUGGGAUCGUAUAAAGGAAUUUCUUCCCUCGAAACGAACUCAAUCCACAACAACUCAUUUAGAAGUCGAUGGUGAAACAAUUACUUGUCCCCAAGAAAUCGCAAACAAAUUCAAUGACUUCUUUUCUAAUAUCGGACAUAAAUUUGCUUCUAAUUUCGACAACUCCCUACCCACGGUUCCCCAACAAAUGCCAGAAGGUUCAUUUUCCAUACCUUUUGUUAGUGAAAGCUUUGUUAUCGACGAAGUACUUUCUAUGUCUAACUCAAAAGCUACUGGUUUAGAUGAAAUUUCUGUUAAAAUUCUAAAGCAAA